GUUCCCUCUAUAAAAUGCCAAGUAUAAGAGGCUAGGGUUUUAGGUUUGUGUCUCUCGCUCGCAGUAAGCGCCUCAGCUCAGCUCAGUUCAGGUCACUUUCAGAGAUCUUUAGCCACCGAGCCCAAAAUGGUGAAGGGACGCCAAGGAGAGCGAGUCAGACUCUAUGUCAGAGGAACCAUUCUCGGAUACAAGAGGUCAAAGGCAAACCAGUACCCAAACACCUCUUUGAUCCAGAUUGAGGGAGUUAACACCAAGGAAGAUGUGGCAUGGUAUGCUGGAAAGCGCCUGGCUUACAUUUACAAGGCUAAGGUGAAGCAGAACGGGUCACACUACCGUUGCAUUUGGGGUAAGGUCACCAGGCCUCAUGGUAACAGUGGUGUUGUUCGUGCCAAGUUCAAGUCCAACCUGCCCCCAAAGUCCAUGGGUGAUAGAGUUAGGGUCUUUAUGUACCCCAGCAACAUCUAAGGCAGGUCCUCUCCAGUCUGUAGAUGCCGGAUUGAGUUGAGUGAUGAUUAGAUGAAAAAUGAAUUUUAUUUGUUUUUAUAAGUUAAGGUUGAAAUGUCUGUGUUUUGAGCAGAAUCCUUUUUGGUUAUUUAGGAUGAUAAAUGGAACAUUGUUUAAAUUUACUAAUGUCAGGAUUUUUCACCCUAUUUGUUUCUUGUAUUUUGAAUAUUUGGGUGCUUGACAUCUUAUUGAAUUAAAAUCUAAAUAGGUCUAUUAUCCGUGCA